AUGGAGAUUUCUCGCCUGCUCAUCGUCCUGGGAAUCUAUCUCGCGUUCCGCUACUUCAUCCGAGGCCGCAACUCCUCCGACCCCGCCGCUACAAUGUCCCACGGAAAGGUUACCCAGGUUGACAACCCCGUCAUCUUCAAAGCCCUCGUCUCCUCCGGCCCCGUCGUCGUCGACUUCUUCGCUACCUGGUGCGGUCCCUGCAAGGCCGUCGCUCCUGUCGUCGGAAAGCUCAGCGAAACCUACCCCAACGUGCGAUUCAUCCAGGUUGAUGUGGAUAAGGCUCGCUCGAUAGCGCAAGAACACGAGAUCAGGGCUAUGCCCACUUUUGUGCUCUACAAGGACGGCAAGCAGCUGGAGAAGCGGGUUGUUGGCGGGAACAUGAAGGAAUUGGAGGAGGGGAUCAAGAAUAUCGCGGCUUGA